AUGGGUGUACGAGACGAUGUUCCACCUCCGCCACAGGAUGGACAAUCCAUUCACAAAUACAAGAAACUGUACAUUCUGACACGGAUUUGUGUCAUUGUUACCUCGCUUCUCGUGUCGUCUGCUGCCGUUGUCGUCAUUGUUCAUACUGUGCGUGCGGACAGGGCUGAUGUACUGACGGCUAUAAACCAGGUGUCCGCCAACAUUAGAGGCGUUCAGGAAAAGCUGGAGGAGAAAGUGUCAGAUGACGUCAACAAGGCGCCAAGUUUGGACAGGGCUGAUGUACUGACCGCUCUAAACCAGGUGUCCACCAACAUCACAGGCCAGUUGUCUGCCGUGAAGGAAAAGGUCGACAACUUAGAGGAGAAAGUGUCCAAGGUGGAAGAUGUCGUCACGGCGCGAAGUAAGCUUAAGCUCUGCUCCCACGGCAACGGCUGUGAGAUGACCAGUAGGCUUGAAGCAAUGACCCACUGUUACAAAGUGUUCGAAGAGGAAACCUCGUGGGCAGACGCGAGAAAGAAAUGUGAGUCUCUCGGUGGCUUCCUGGCCGAGAUCCACGACAACGUCUCCCUGGAAUACGUGAACCGGGUUGUAGCCAAGGACUCGUUAGGUCUCUGGCUCGGUGCCACUGACCAGGACAAAGAGGGCAUCUGGAAGUGGGUCACGUCCAACAAACCCCUGUCCGUGGAAGACUGGAACAAGAACGAGCCGAAUAGCUUUGGGGGAAACGAGCACUGCCUGGAGAUAAGACAAGAACCUGAGGAAAAAGGAUGGAACGACCGCGCGUGUCAUCGCUUGGUGGGAUAUCUCUGUCAAAGAGACGGGGACAACUGUGAAGACUGGCUGGAACAAGAGUAA